AGCAUCCCGUCCCGCUGUUCCAAAACAUCUCUUCUAACUGAUUGAUGCAGCUUUUUCAACAACAAUCAACCCAACGCACCCAGAGCCACCGCCCGCAAAUACAGGCUCCAUUGCCACCCACCCAGACCCGCCGCCCGCUGAGAGCACCCGCUACAGUACAGUAGAGGCACCGCACUGCACCUGCACGCUGCACCGAAAAACCCGUGCAGUCCACAGUCCUACACCAGCCUCCACUGCCUCUCGUCCUGAACCAAGGGAAAAACACUUUGCGCCCACACACCACACAGUCUCAGCCGUACUCCCACCACCUCGGCCUUUGAAAACCGCCCGCCGCUGCCGCCGCCUGCACCUGCUGCUGGCUCAUCAACCUCCUGCCUCCGGUGCAGUUUCCCGUCAAGAGCGCCACCGCUUCUUUUGACCUCACAUCCCAAAAUGGCCGCCCCCGGGGUCCAGUCUCUCAAGUGUGUUGUGACCGGUGACGGUGCUGUCGGAAAGACAUGCCUGCUCAUUUCGUACACGACAAACGCCUUCCCCGGCGAAUACAUCCCCACAGUCUUCGACAACUACUCAGCUAGUGUCAUGGUCGAUGGCAAGCCCAUCAGCCUGGGACUGUGGGAUACCGCCGGACAGGAAGAUUACGACCGUCUGAGGCCGCUUUCGUACCCCCAGACGGACGUCUUCCUAAUCUGCUUCUCCAUUGUCAGCCCUCCGUCGUUCGACAACGUCAAGGCCAAGUGGUACCCAGAGAUCGACCACCACGCUCCGAACGUGCCCAUCAUCCUGGUCGGCACCAAGCUCGAUCUCCGGGAAGACCAGGGCACCCUCGAGAGCCUCCGUUCCAAGAGGAUGGAGCCUGUCUCGUACGACCAGGCUCUCAUCUGCGCCAAGGAGAUCAGGGCGCACAAGUACCUGGAGUGCUCUGCCCUGACCCAGCGCAACCUCAAGAGUGUCUUUGACGAGGCCAUUAGGGCCGUCCUGAACCCUCGACCCCAGCCUCAGAAGGUGAAGAAGUCGAAGUGCACGAUUCUGUAAAUCCGCUACCAUCCGAUUCUGGCCUGAGACCCUCCCGACCUCGACUUUAGCGCGUGUGCCAAGUCCCGUGCUCGCAUCUCGCACCAACUUAUCGCAAACCCAAUCUGGUUUCGACACAUUGGAUGGCCGACUGUCCCAUUCGGUCACUUUCCAGACGAUUACUCCAGAACGCAAGGAAUGAAGCAGAGAUCUUGACCCACCUCACUAUUGUCAGCAUCGGGCUCCAGUCGAGGCAGGUCGCUCGCGGCGAUUUCUUCAGCCGUCGAACAUUGUUGGUCGUUUAAACCAGCAGGUCUCGGGUCAGAUCUCUGGCUGUCUUGGUUGCUGUCUCGGGUUUUCAUCUUUUCCGCGUCUUUUUAUGCAAUACAGGGUAAUGGUGUUGGGUCAUUUUGCCUCUUUAUCGUUGCUCUCUCCUCACGGUCCUUUUUCUCCCUUCAUAUCCUGCAGGUAGCAAAUUUGCAUUCAACAGAAACCCUUCAUAUCUUUUUUAUUCCUUGUUUCUUUUCUGAUUUCUUUCCUUGCCGACAUCUGAGGAUCGCUCCUCCUUUUUUGAUUCCCCCCUGUAGAUAGCGAGGAUGUCGCCGCCUUUUGAGGCCUCUUGAAGAGAUACGAAUGGGAAGGUCGGAGGCCGCAAUGGGUGAUAUAGGGAGAUGUGGGCCAACAAGGGAGGCAACGUGAUAAAGACAGACAGCAAAUGAUGCCUGUGUCUCGACGGCUGGGCGGCAGUUGCAGCUUAGGGUAUACGAACAGGGUUGACGCCUCGGAAUGUGUCCUGCACCGGAGAGGUCUGCCAAAUGAUAUACAUGCGUUAUCUCGGAUCACGUCUGAAGCUAUUUGACAGUCGUCGGAGCGCACGAAUGAAUCACAUACCCUGGCAGUAUGGCACAUGGCAAACGGUGAGCGCACGGGGACCGUUCCAGC